AUGGCUUUGAACACCAACCUCCGGGUGCGGCUGCCCGUCAUCUGCCUGGUCCUGCAGGUGGUGAUGGUGGUUCUCUUCGGUGUGUUCGUGCGCUACGACAUCCAGGCGGAUACCCGCUGGUGGUUGGAGAAGAAGCUCAAGAACAUCUCCAGCGACAUUGAGAACGACUUUUACUAUCGCUACUCAAGUUUCCAGGAUGUGCACGCCAUGGUCUUCGUGGGCUUCGGCUUCCUCAUGACAUUCCUGCAGUGCUAUGGCUUCAGCGCUGUAGGCUUCAACUUCCUGCUGGCAGCCUUCGGCAUCCAGUGGGCACUGCUCAUGCAGGGCUGGUUCCGCUUCUUUGAAGAAGGCCACAUUAUCCUGAGCGUGGAGAACAUCAUCGAAGCUGACUUCUGUGUGGCAUCUACCUGUGUGGCCUUUGGGGCAGUCCUAGGCAAGAUCAGCCCGGUCCAACUGCUUAUCAUGACCUUCUUCCAAGUGACCCUUUUCGCAGUGAAUGAGUAUAUCAUCCUGUACCUGAUAGAGGCAAAGGAUGCAGGGGGCUCUAUGACCAUCCACACAUUUGGCGCCUACUUUGGGCUCACAGUGACCUGGAUCCUCUACCGAAAGAAUCUGGAGCAGAGCAAGCGGAGACAGAGUUCCGUGUACCACUCGGACCUUUUUGCCAUGAUUGGCACCCUCUUCCUGUGGAUAUACUGGCCCAGCUUCAAUUCAGCCAGUUGCUCCCACGGAGACACCCAACACCGAGCAGCCCUCAAUACCUACCUCUCCUUGGCGGCUAGUGUGCUAACCACAGUGGCAGUGUCCAGUAUCAUACACAAGAAGGGCAGGCUGGACAUGGUGCACAUCCAGAAUGCCACACUUGCAGGCGGGGUGGGUGUGGGCACAGCUGCGGAGAUGAUGCUCACACCUUACGGCGCCCUCAUCGUGGGCUUCUUCUGUGGCAUCUUCUCCACCCUAGGAUUCGCGUACCUAUCGCCUUUCCUGGAGUCCCGCCUGCGCAUCCAGGACACAUGUGGCAUUCACAACCUGCACGGCAUCCCUGGCAUCAUAGGUGGCAUCGUGGGUGCUGUGGCAGCAGCCUACUCCUCUCCUGAUAUCUACGGAGAGCCAGGGCUGGUCCAUUCAUUUGGCUUUGGGGGCUAUAAGGCAGACUGGACCAAGAAAAUGCAGGGCAGAUCCCAGAUAUUUAGCCUCCUCCUGACCUUGGCCAUAGCCCUGGUGGGCGGCAUCAUUGUGGGGCUCAUUUUGAAAUUGCCAUUCUGGGGACAAGCUGCUGAUGAAAACUGCUUUGAGGACACCAUCUACUGGGAGAUUCCUGAAGAGGUGAACACUGUCUACAUUCCUGAGGACCUCACCCACAAGCAUCCUGCUCCUCCAGUACCUUCAAUACCCUUGGUACUUCCAACGCCUUCAGCAUCCUUGGUUGCUCCAGUACCUCCAACACCUCCAGUAUCCUUAGCAACUCCAGUACCUUCAGCAUCCUUGGUACACUAA